UACACCUCCGAUUUGCGCGCACUCUCGCACCUUCCCUCUUCCUCUCUCUCGCGAACUAAACCCUAACAAAUCUCUCUCUCUUCUUCUGGAUGUUUUCUUCUUGGUCGGAUUGAUCUCCUUGUCUGCAAGAGGAUUAAGGGACCAAGGGGAUCAACAAUGCUGCCGUAUCAGACCAUACAAGAAGCGGAGGUAGCUUUCGCCAGAGAGCUGACAUUCGCCGAGAAGCUAUGGUUCAAUUACUCAGCCAAGAAGUCGGAUUACUUCCUCUACUGUCACAACAUUCUCUUCUUGUUCUGCAUCUUCUCUUUGGCUCCUCUGCCAUUGGUCUUCAUGGAACUGAAGCGAUCUAAGAAAAUCGACAAGUUCAAGAUUCAGCCCAAAGUGAGGCUCUCUUCCUCUGAGACGUUUAGAUGUUACAAAGAAGUCAUGCGGAUGUUCAUACUCAUCGUCGGUCCUCUGCAACUAGUCUCUUACCCCACUGUCAAGCUAGUUGGAAUCAGGGCAGGUUUGCCGCUGCCAUCGGGUUGGGAAAUUGUUAUGCAGUUGGUGGUGUAUUUUCUUAUUGAGGAUUAUGGGAAUUACUGGAUCCAUCGGUUGCUACACAAUAAAUGGGGGUACGAGAAAAUUCACCGCGUCCACCACGAGUAUACUGCUCCGAUUGGUUUCGCUGCUCCUUACGCUCAUUGGGCUGAGAUUUUGAUCCUUGGAAUUCCGUCUUUUGUUGGCCCGGCAUUGGUUCCUGGACAUAUUAUUACAUUUUGGCUGUGGAUUGCUCUGCGACAGAUGGAGGCUAUUGAAACGCACUGCGGGUAUGACUUUCCUUGGAGUCUCACAAAGUAUAUCCCCUUCUAUGGAGGUGCCGAGUACCAUGAUUACCAUCACUAUGUCGGGGGCCAAAGCCAAAGCAACUUUGCUUCAGUGUUCACCUACUGCGACUACAUUUACGGAACUGAUAAGGGCUACCGGUUUCAGAAGAAGCACCUCGCACAGUUCAAGGAGAAAUGGAGAAACGACACACAACAAGAAUACAAAUUGGAGUAGGUGUGGAACUUCAGUGCUCACUGCUUUCUGUUUCUCAUUGGAGCAUGAAUUUUCUACAUCAGUUUUCCAAGUUGAUAUCAUCCCAUAUCUGACGAGGUCAAAGCAUUGUCCACUAUUAUUAGUGAUUUAAAAAAGUUCUAAAUUUUUUAGUGGUGCGGGCAGGGUGAUUAACUGUUGUUACUUCAUUGUUGUGACAUUGUCUAGGGAAAGUUCUUUGCAAUUUCAGAGUUAAAAUCAUGUUUCAGUACCCAAACUUUGUAAGAUUGAUAUAAUUGAAAUUAAACAAUUAAAAAUGUAUUGGGAUCAUGACUC